GGGCGGAACCGUGCAGGGUUUAAGAGUGAGGAUUGGAUCAGGGCCGCGCUCUGGAGCGACAUGGAGACAAUGCGGCGUUACGCAGCUGAAGCUGAAGUUUUCUUCAAAUAAUAUGUGUUAAAAGUUACUCAUUGACCAGGAAUGUGAACUGAUAGACAGUGUACGCGCAGUGAAAACGGGAUACUAAGGAUUACGACUCGGAAAGACAACAUCUGGAACGUUUCUUCACUUUCGGUAAGGACUGAACAGAAGUGUGCAUUCAGGAGAAGACCUGUUUUGAGUAUGAGUAUAGGUGCAAGUCUCUCACCUACUGCCUUUCCUCCAGUUUUGGAUACAUACCUUUGGCCUGACUACUGCAGCACUGUGUGUGUGUCCUCCUUCAUUCAUGCAGACACACGCACAUGGAUGUCUUCGUUCUGUCCAUCCAAACUGUGCGUUAGAAUGGAGCAAAAUCAGCCUGAGGAUCAAGCAGACCUGAGUGCGGAGUUUCAGCCUCAGCUGGAUCUGUUUAGAAAGUUGGGCUUCACCGACACUCAGGUCCGAGCUGUGCUACUCAAGCUGGGCCUCGACACUGACACUAACCGGAUUCUGGGAGAGCUGAUCCAGGUGAGAGCAGCGGAGACAGAGGGCUCUAUCAGUCUACCAGAGCCGGUUCCACAUGGUGAAAGUCAGAGAAAAAGUCACAGUGUUCCAUCUCAACCUGCUGAACAAGAAGACACAGCUCAGGAUGAAGAUUCCCUCAAGCCUAUUGUGAUAGAUGGCAGCAAUGUAGCUAUGAGUCAUGGGAACAAGGAAGUUUUUUCCUGCCUGGGAAUCCAACUGGCUGUGAACUACUUCCUGGAUCGAGGGCACAGUGAUGUUACUGUGUUUGUGCCAUCAUGGAGGCGGGAGCAGCCCAGGCCGGAUGUGCCGAUCACAGAUCAGCAAAUUCUCCGUGAGCUGGAACGGAAAAAGAUUCUGGUCUUCACUCCAUCAAGACGCGUGGCAGGAAAGCGGGUGGUCUGUUAUGAUGACCGAUUCAUCGUCAAGCUAGCAUACGAUGUGGAAGGCAUCAUUGUGUCCAAUGAUACCUACCGAGACUUGCAGGGGGAAAAGCCUGAGUGGAAACGCUUCAUAGAGGAGAGGUUGCUCAUGUACUCAUUUGUCAAUGACAAGUUUAUGCUUCCAGAUGAUCCACUCGGAAGACAUGGACCUACUUUGGAAAACUUUCUGCGCAAGACUCCCCGAGCUACUAAGAAACUCCCUUGCCCCUAUGGUAAGAAAUGCACCUAUGGGAUCAAGUGCAAGUUCAGCCACCCAGAACGUGGCAAGCAAUCCCAACGUUCCUUAGCGGAUGAGCUGCGUGAGAAAGCAAAAAUGCCCCCUUUUCCCCAGAAACCUUCCUUGGCAGGCCAAAACCUUUCCCAUGGAGCCUCUCUGGAAGAAGUAAUGGAACACAAACUCACUCUUAAUCAAAGUGGACCACUCAAGAAAACCCACACCAGUGAGAAUAUGCUGGUGGUCAAGCCUACACCGCAGUCUACUUCAAGAAAGUCCCAUUCAAAGCGAGAUUACUCCAGUCAGUACUCCCCAACGAAUCCAGACUGCAUUUCUGCAUCCUUUCAGGAGUACCUGGACUCGGGCCUGGGCUCAUACGAAUGCCACAGUGAGCACCAGUCUGGAGGAGAGCAAACAAUGUCCAAGAAUCUUUCUCACGGAAGGUUCCGACAUCCUUCAUCUUGCACCCAGUCCUUAAGCCAAUCCAGUUUACAGUCCAAUCCAGGUUAUCAUCCCCACCACAUGAGUUUAGGUGCAUCCCAAAACCCAAGCAACAUGCCAUACUCCUACUCUCAAUAUCACUCCUAUGGAAGAGCACCUUACCCACCAGGGAACUUUCACCAGUAUAGUGUACUCCAUGAGUAUCACCAGAGAAGAAUGCCUCCUCCACAGUCUGGCUACUGGUCAGAACCAUACAGUCACUUCGGCCACAUGCCUCCAGGACCUGUACAGGGUGAUGGCGCUUCCUGGAACCAUCUGACGCCGGAGAGGGAGCAGGUCAGGAAGAAGUUGCUAGCCGUUUUUAAUUCCGGUCUUGUGGACAGAGCAAUGGAGAUGUUUCCAAACCUAAUGGACCCUCAGAAAUUAGCUGUGGAGAUCAUCAACCUUCAGGGGGUUUUGUGACUUUUGCUGCCUUGUGGUUGACUUGUAAAAAUGUUUACACGUAUUAAGUUUCUACUGAAAACCUUGUAUUAAAAGCCUUGAAUGUUUUAAGGCUGAAUUUGAAGGAGCAAGUCAUUACAACAAAUGUUUAUUGGAUAUGUAUUUUCCUCUACUGUAGCAAUAACCUACAUUAUUAUUAUUAUUAUUAUUAUUAUUAUUAUUAUUAUUAUUAUUAUUAUUUAAACACUGGCUUUUCCCAUGCAAUUUUUAGUAUGCACCAAAAUUUACAUAGAAAUCUGUGUUUAUAAUGAAGAGAUAUAAUAGAGUUGGGUCAGUUCUAAGAAAAUACUCAACAGCGUGACAUAAUGCUCUUGCCUAUGAAUAUUUAGCUAUAACUCAACAGUGCUCAUAUACCAUAGCAAUUAGCCAGCUCCAUUUAUUUUAGAAGCGUUGCUUUUUAUCCAUUUAUAGUUAUGUUUAAUGUUGUGGAAUGUCUACAAAACAAGUUGAAUUUAAAAUUUGAGAAUUCGAUAGAGUAAGAACUAAAAACAAUUUGUUUUGUUUUUUGGGAAAUGUACUCCAUUUACAGUGGUUCAUUUAAUUUUGUAUUGCUAACUGAUAGUUAACAUAUUCAAGAUUCAUUUGGUGAAUGUGUUCUUGGUUACACUGGCCAACCAGCCACAGCGUUUUGAUCUGGAUGUGUAUUUCAGGUAAUGCGUUGUAGGCAAAGGGGGCCACGGUGGCUUAGUGGUUAGCACGUUUGCCUCACACCUCCAGGGUUGGGGGUUCGAUUCCUGCCUCCGCCUUGUGUGUGUGGAGUUUGCAUGUUCUCCCCAUGCCUCGGGGGUUUCCUCCGGGUACUCCGGUUUCCUCCCCCGAACAUGCAUGGUAGGUUGAUUGGCAUUUCUGGAAAAUUGUCCGUAUUGUGUGAGUGCGUCAGUGAAUGAGAGUGUGUGUGUGUGCCCUGCGAUGGGUUGGCACUCCGUCCAGGGUGUAUCCUGCCUUGAUGCCCGAUGAUGCCUGAGAUAGGCACAGGCUCCCCGUGACCCGAGGUAGUUCGGAUAAGCGGUAGAAAAUGAGUGAGUGAGUGAGUGUUGUAGGCAUGGCAGUAUGCAAUGAUGUGGUAAUUGACUAGGAUACUGUAUAUCAACUCUGUGUUCUUUAUUUAUGUGUUAUGUUUGCAAUAUUAGGAAUCUGUUAGGCACCCUAACGAUACAAAUUGUUUAGAAUAUCAAUGCAGUCUUGUAAGUUUUGUAAGUACAUAUAGCUUUUAAUGUUUAGUUUGUAAAUUGCCUUCAAGUGUCUAAUAUGGUCUGUUGGCACUGUGUGCCUGAAGCACCAAUGAAAGUCUGAAAACUACCUAAAACAGGUAGAUGAGUGUACGCCCUGUGGGCUCUGGGUAUUUUCCCAAUCAACAUUAUGCAAUAAAUAAUCAUAUGCUGUC